AAUACACAUUUGGACAGUCUUGUCAGGCUACCAGUGAGUGUGGAGAACCUGACACAGACUGCAGCUCAGACGACAAUACGGCAAAUGUCUGUCGAUGUAAAGAUGGAUUUUAUCGUACAACUAAUCCAUGCACACCAAUUACCAGCCUAAAGGUUACCGAUCUCAGCCUGCAAUCAUCAACACUUAACUCGUUAACUGUAACCUGGCAACCACCAUUGGAUACAACACCUGAGUUUAAAUAUGUUGUGACAUGGACACCAGGUCCUGGUAGUGCUGAUGUAACCAAGGGAACCAAUAUGAAGGAAAUCACUGGUCUUCAGCCUGGAACAGAGUAUUCCAUAAACGUGACAACACACAUCACUUACAGGACACAGGAAACGGCACCACCUGUGUUAACAGCGAAAACAAGAAUCAAUUACAAUGACAAGUGCACUGAUGGUUGGGUGUGUUCUGAUCCAAAUGCUUCCUGCAGCCAAAAAACACCAAGACGAUGUCUGUGUACACAUGACUAUUUUUGGAAUGGAACGCAGUGUAUACUGGUAUUGCAUUUAACACCAGAAUCUGUCAGUGUUUCUGUAACUGGCACAAUGUCUCUGAAUGUGGUCUGGAUACCAUCCCAUAACCAUGGAAGUUUUGUGAUGAGGUACGACGUCAUGUGGUCAACGGGUAAUCAGCCGGGUGAUAAGUCGGGCAAUGGAACAUCCCAUGUCAACAACACGGCUGACAUCACCGGCCUAACACCAGGAGAACGCUACUUAGUUACUGUGAAAGCUAUCAUUGACGAUGAGGGAACAGAGAAAUUUGCUGUCAAAACAGCUGAUCCAAAAAGAACAACUCCUGACACACCGGGUCCAUACGACGACGUCAACAGCAACACAACAGCCCCAAACAUGAAACUGUACUUCUACAGAUCGAAAGGAAUUGUUAGUAACUACACCGUGACACUGACUGGAGUCUCGUCUUCCUACAAUCGGACACAAACUAUAUCUCCAUCAGGACAAAACAAUGAAUCUGUUUAUUUCAGUAAUAUAAUACCUGGAAAAUACUAUAUUCUAGAAAUCAUCGCAGUUAGUUUUGGUGUUCGAAGUGAACCCUACAUCUACAAAAAUAUCCGUGGCGCGGUUAAAGCACCUACCAGUGUUACUCAGUUUUCUGUAUCCAGCAUCACAGACCAGUCAAUGUUUGUACAGUGGAAAGGUCCAGAUAAUCCAAACGGUGUCAUAUAUGCUUAUAUUUUAACUCUACAAAUAAAACAAAACCAGAGCUGUCAACAAAAGAUUGUGUUCCGCUGCAGUGAUUGUCAAAAUAUGAGUAUGGUUGAUAAUGAUACACACUGCAGCGAUAUUCCACAGACCAUAAUCAACAAGACGAGAAGUGUUCUGAAUAAUCGUAGUGUUGAGUUCAGCCAUACAUUGACAGAUCUCCUUCCUUUCAUGCUAUACACGACGGGGGUGUUUGCCAUCAAUGAACAAGAAUACGGACCAUAUGUAAAGUUAGAGAACAUGACUGAAACAAAAGCUGCUGCAAAACCAACCGGUUUCUCUAGUUCAACGGUAACACAUUCAUCAAUAGCAUUGAUCUGGAUACCAGAAUCACCUCGGCCAGGAUUAACAAACUACACACUGACAGUUUUUGAGAAAUCAGAAAACGAUUCAAGUUCCAACAUCCAAAUACAACACAUAGAGAUACCAGGCUGGAGUAGAACCACUUACAAUGUCGCCAAUCUGUCCAGCUACUGGGAUUACAAGUUCACCUUAGUGGCGAUGACCUCUGCUGGGACGUCUGCAAAUGCAACUACAUCAUACAUCAAGACAAGUGAAUCCGCACCCAUUGCAGCAAAAGAGUUCAACGUUAACACAAUUGCAGAUAACUACACAGCCUUAAGUGUAAGCUAUCAGUGUCCGAAGCAGAAAGGUGGAAGAAAUGGAGUAAUACGGUCUUCUAACUUAACGUUCCAGUCAUUUCAGGCAAACGUUGAUGCACCUAUUAAUGGUAACAAGAUGAUUGAACCCAGUGGUAAUUGUAAAUUUAAGACAACUGUAACCAUUACUCCAGAAGUCAACUACACGUUCUCC